AUGUAUAAAUCCAAAUUAUUACUACAUCAUGUAAAUUUUAAUAAAUUUUUAUCAAAACAAUUUUUUGCAUCAAUUAAAAUACGGCAUUUAUCAACUAGAGCAGAUCCAAAGGGUUCAAAUCCUCAAUUAACUUUCCCAUGUUUAGAUAAAUUAGAAUUAAAAAAUAAACAAUUAUCACAAGGUAAAACUCAAGAGUCAACAACAACCACAUCAACAAAUUCUUCAAGUCUACAAUCUGGACCUGAACCAAGUUAUGGAUUUGUUCGUACUGGUUUCCAAACUUAUAAAUCUAAAAAACCUAUUUUUUUAGAUUAUGGUGGAUAUUUACCUGAAUAUGAAAUUGCAUAUGAAACAUGGGGGAAAUUAAAUUCAAAAAGGGAUAAUUUAAUAUUAAUUCAUACUGGAUUAUCUGCUUCAAGUCAUGCAAAAUCACAACCAAAUAAUACAAAACCAGGAUGGUGGGAAAAUUUCAUUGGAUCAGGGAAAUUUAUAGAUACUGAUAAAUAUUUUGUUGUUUGUACAAAUGUUUUAGGUGGAUGUUAUGGUUCUACAGGUCCAUCAUCAAUUGAUCCUGCAAAUGAUGAAAGAUAUGCAACUAGAUUUCCUAUAUUAUCAGUAAAUGAUAUGGUAAGAGCUCAAAGAGAAUUAAUUAGAGAUGAAUUUGAUGUUAAAAAAAUUAAGGCAUCAGUUGGUGCAUCAAUGGGAGGAAUGCAAAGUUUAGCAUAUGGAUGGGAAUUUCCACAAGAAGUUGAAAAAAUUAUAAGUAUAAGUGGUUGUGCUAGAUCUCAUCCAUAUUCAAUAGCAUUAAGACAUACUCAAAGACAAGUUUUAAUGAGUGAUCCAAAUUGGAAUAGAGGAUUUUAUUAUAAUCAAAUUCCACCACAUGUUGGAAUGAAAUUAGCAAGAGAAAUUGCAACAGUUACUUAUAGAUCAGGACCAGAAUGGGAAUAUAGAUUUGGUAGAUAUAGAGCAGAUGAAAGUAAACCACCAGCUUUAUGUCCAGAUUUUUUAGUUGAAACUUAUUUAGAUCAUGCUGGUGAAAAAUUUUGUUUAGAAUAUGAUGCAAAUUCUUGGCUUUAUGUAUCAAAAGCAAUGGAUUUAUUUGAUUUAAGUAAAAGUACAAGAUUAAAAGCUGAAAAAGAUAGACAAAAAAGUGAAUUAAAAUAUAAAGGUCAAUUAUUAAAUGAUUCUGAUGAUUAUGAAGUUGUACCUAUUGAACCAUAUCAAGAAAAAUCUAAUUCAAAACCAAAAUUAUCAGUUGAAGAAUCAUUAGAAGAUUUAAAAAUAGGAAUGCAAGAAAGAUUAGCUAAUAAAGAUGUAUUAGUAAUUGGAGUUGAAUCAGAUAUUUUAUUUCCAGUAUGGCAACAAAGAGAAAUUGCUGAUGUAUUAUUAGAAAAUCCUUAUAAUAAAACAGGAGAAAUUGAAUAUUUUGAAUUAGGUACAGAUAUAAGUAAUUAUGGUCAUGAUACAUUUUUAUUAAGUUUAGAAGAAAUUGGAGCACCAGUUAAAAAAUUUUUAGAAAAUUAG